GACAGAACAAGCGCAGCGCCCGGUGCGGGGCCCGGCAGGCAGUGACAUAGACAGCCCGGCUGUCCCAUAAUGCAGUGCGCGGCCCGGGGUCCUUCCCCCAGCCUGAGCUCCACGUGACUGAGAGCAGAGACAGACAUGCCGAAAUCCAAGCGCGACAAGAAGGUGUCCCUGACCAAGACCGCCAAGAAGGGGCUGCAGGUGAAGCAGAGCCUGAUCGAGGAGUUGCGGAAAUGUGUGGACACCUACAAGUAUCUGUUCGUUCUGUCUGUGGAGAACAUGAGGAAUAACAAGCUGAAGGACGUGCGCAACGCCUGGAAACACAGCCGGUUAUUCUUCGGUAAGAACAAAGUGAUGACUGUGGCUUUGGGGAAGGAUCAGUGUGAUGAGUAUAAGGAUAAUCUACACCAGUUGUGUAAGUGUCUUAAAGGAGAAGUCGGGAUCCUGUUCACCAAUCGCACAGAGAAAGAAGUUAAAGAAUGGUUUGACGAGUUUAAGGAAACAGACUUUGCUCGGGCCGGGAAUAAGGCCACUUACGGCGUGGUGCUAGAUGAGGGGCCCCUGGAGCAGUUCACACACUCAAUGGAGCCACAGCUACGACAGCUAGGCCUGCCCACCGCGCUAAAGAAAGGUGUGGUGACCCUUCUGUCGGACCAUGAGGUGUGUAAAGAGGGCGACACCCUGACCCCGGAGCAGGCCAGGAUCCUGAAACUCUUUGGGUAUCAGAUGGCCGAGUUUAAAGUGACCAUAAAAUCCAUGUGGGAGGCGGAGACCGGAGAAUUCCAGAGGUUCUCAGAGGGAGAUGAGAAAAGCGAAGACGCGAUGGACGAUGAAGAUGAUGAUAAUGAGGAGGAAGCAGAGUAAUGAUCGGCCCUUGCGUACAGCGCUGGAUUGCUGCAGCAUUAGUCAGAGGAGGUGACUGCAGCUUCUCCUCCACCGUUCAGUACAAUGACUGAAUAUUCCCAGGAGCGGCGUUACUGUGUUUUAGCAGAUGCCAUUUAUAGGUUCUGUCCCUUCAUCUACAUCUGGGGAAUAUGCAAAGACUACUCAGGACCCCUCCACUGUGCACCCCCCUAAACCUUCCACCUACACCGCCACCUCGGGAGCAAUCGGAGUGCUCAGUGGAUGCUUAAUAUCCCCACCCCCUACAGUCAUACGUCCUGGAACACAUUAUUUUUUUUUUUUCCAUCAACUGGUGCCAGGAAGAUCUACAGAUUUGUAAAUUACUUCAAUUUAAAAAUCUUAAUCCUUCCAGUACUUAUCAGCUGCUGUAUGCUCCACAGGAAGUUGUGUAGUUCUUUCCAGUCUGACCACAGUGCUCUCUGCUGACACCUCUGUCCAUGUCAGGAACUGUCCAGAGUAGGAGCAA